AUGGGGAUCCGUCGUGGCCAGGCACUCGGCCUCGCGCUGAGCGUCGUGGUCAUUUACUUUCUCUUCUUUGCGGGAUCAGACUCGACCGAUUUCCGGAGAACCACUGAAGCAUCUCUCGCGCGCCGCCGCGGCAUCCUGCGUGGUACCCUAUCCGAUGUAGAUUUGACUGCGCAGACCAACCGAGAACUGCAGAAGAUUCUCGAUAAGCAGAAGGAACUGGGCGGUCAGAGUCGUUCGCAUUCCAAUGCUGAAGAGAUUGCCGUUGCUGGACGAGUAUCCAUGCCCAAGACGAACGACAAACCCAGAUAUCCCGUUGCCAGCGGGCAUGGUGGCACCUCGGACGGAAAGGGCGCAGAAGCUGCUUUGGAUGCACUUCACGACAAGGAAGAAGCCCUAGAUGGCGAAAGUUUGGCUCGGGAGGAGUUACAGGCUAUUCUCAAAAAGAGUCCAAUCAUCAUCUUUUCAAAGUCCUAUUGUCCCUAUUCCAAGCGCGCCAAAGCUCUCCUGCUUGAGACCUACACCAUUUCACCUACUCCUUAUGUUGUGGAGUUGGACUUGAUGAACCAGCCUAUCCCCAGACCUGCACACCAGCACCAUCUUACUGACGAUGAUGGAGAGGGUGGCGAUGCCCCUCAACCCACUAUCGGUCGCAAGCUCCAAGACCUUCUCGCGAGCCUCACUGGUCGCCGAACAGUUCCCAACAUCAUGAUAAAUGCACAGAGUCUGGGUGGCAGCGAUGACAUCACUCGCCUUCAUGCUGACGGUACUCUUGCUGACGAGAUCAAGAAGCUCGGUGGAAAGAGGAUCGUCAGCGUCGAAAGGUCAAUGCAUAGCGAGGAGACUUGA